CAUAUCUAAUAACUGACCACUGAAUUUGAUAACGAAACCGCCCCCUUUCAGUCGAUCGAAUUGCAUUCCUCGCUAAAUUGUGCCGAAGUGAAGAAUGCCGGCAUUGUGGUGGUUAUUUAUGUUUAAUAGUUUUUUCCUACCUACUUUGAGCGCUAAGAAGACGUGGAAAUUCAAUAACGACAUUCUAAAUCCGACACACUGGGAAAAUGCGGCCGGAUCUUUGGACUGUAACGGGUUCUUCUUUCCGGAAAUUCUCGGAUCGAUCGGCAGCGUAACAAGACUGGUGGCAUCCGAAGUGACACUUCCACUGAUGGGCGAACUGGAGAUACAAAAUGGAGGAUACAUUGAACUAUUCGACACAAAGCAAUGUGUGCGCGUCAAAGAAAUCGUGCCGAAGCACUGGUUGGAUCCAGAGAAUUGGGAAUCGGGUGACAAUGUGGCAGUGCCCGAUGUGGAAAGGGUGCCGUGUGAGCACGAUGAUGUUGUCUUCCAGAACACGGUAGCCGUCUACUACCCCGAGGUGCCAGUUUCGGUCAACUCAAUUGAACUUAAUAGCGUUAAGCUCAGCCAGACGCAAUGGCAGAAUUUUCUUCAAACGGACUACGGCAUUGAAGAAUUUCAGAUGCUGGUGGAAUCGUCCAUUAAUAUCGAACCAAAAGUUUGCGCGGCAAAGAAUGGCUGCAAUUGCCAUCCCAGUGCGGAAAUUGAGGAAUGGAUCUGCGACCACGUACCCAAGAAGCCGUCACCGGGUUGUUUCCAACCCAUUCGGCCAGUGGGAUUUUGCCAAGAUAUCUGUGGCGGAAUCGUCACUGUCGAAGUCGCUCCUACUUUCUCAUUGGAAACGUUUAGACAACGUCUGCCAAGGGGAGACCGGGUCGAUAUCCAUGCGAGCAAAAUAGCGAUCAAAGGGAGACAAAAGGUGCAAGUGGUUUUCGCCGAAAAAUACACAUACACGGAACGAAGCCAAAAACAAGCUGAAGAGUUUCAUGCAACGCUCAUGAAAGAUUUGGAUAAAUACAAACUGAAAGAUGCCGUUUUGGUGUCAUCCGGAUAUAGCCUACCCGAAGAAUCAAAGGGUACCACCGCUGUAGUGAUUGUAUUUGGUACUUUAAUUGGCACCGUUGCGGUUUUCUUCGGUCUCUACGUUCUGUACGUCGGUCCGCUGAGGGAUUACGAUCUUCGCUCGCGAUUAUCGAUAACACAGCAACUGCUUGGUCAGAAGACGCCGUUUUUCAGAAAAUUUGACAACGAGGGAGUUUCGAUUGCAGCCUCAAUGGUCAGCUUGGACAAAUCUUUCGAUAACCCGAUGUAUGGCGCAACAGAACCAUCGACAAGUGACGCCAUCAUCGAAUAUGUUACAGCAAUGGAGGAACGAAGUCAAGGUAAAGGGUACGUUGCCAACGUAAUCGCCGACGUACACGAUAUCGACAAGGACUGAUGUGCGUGACCGUUUCUUUAAUGACAAUAAUUAUCUAUUCAUGCAUUGUCGUCUGUUCAGCUUCCUUUGAAAUAUAAAAAAAAUGACUUUGUAACGUGGAUUACUUGCUAGCCCAAAUUAUUUGCAUAAUACGCAUUGGCUAACGGUGUAUCACUUCUGAGUCUAAUGAACCAAUAAACGGUGAACUUUGUGGACCUAUUUCUAGA